CUACGGUUGUCCUGCUUGAUGAAUUUCCAACUCUUCCCGAUGGACAGACAAAAAUGCAACAUCUUCAUUCGCCCUUACGCGCACACAGACGACAAAGUCCAACUUUUCUGGCGUGAUAAAGAACCGGCACUGUUGCAAUUCUCCAACGACAUGCCAGAAUUUGACCUGAUAGACUUCUACAGUGGAUCAUUCACAAGAUAUCACCACACAGGCAACUUCAGCAGCCUCAACCUGGUGUUCCUGCUGGAGCGAGAUCCCGGCUACUAUCUGAUCCACAUGUACCUGCCCCUCACACUCACGGUCCUGAUGUCGUGGCACGCCCUCUGGUUCAAGGUGGAGAUCCCACAGGCCCGCAUGGUGCUUUCCGUCAACUGCCUGUUCACCGCCGUGACGGUGGCCAACGAUGCAAGGUCGUCAAUCCCUCGCGUCUCCUACCUCAAAAUGGCCGACGUCUGGAUCACCGCCUGCAUUCUCUUCAUCUACGGCCUUAUUCUCGUUUCGAGCAUGGUCAACUUCAUGUCUCGCAUGAAACUAAGACCCGUCAUCAUGCGCAAGGUCGACCAAGGUCUUGGCGACAUGUGGCAUGUUUGGAAGCACGGCACCCCGUCGGACGACUUUCUUCUUAAGUUAGACAAAGCUAACAAGCUCGAGCAUCACCGCAACCUCAAGCGAUCGGAAUCCGUUGAGAGGAACGCCCGAUAUCUGUUCCCAAUCUGCUUUAUAUUUUUUAAUAUUGUGUACUGGCCUUUCUAUGUCAGAAGGACGUAUGAGACGCUCUAG